AUGGCUGAAAUGCAUAAAAUAAAAGUACAUAAUCCUGUUGCUGAACUAGAUGGCGAUGAAAUGACCAGAAUAAUAUGGAAGUUGAUAAAAGAUAAAUUAAUAUUCCCUUUCCUAGACUUACCUAUUUAAUACUUUGAUUUAGGUAUGGAAAACAGAGAUGCAACAGAUGAUAAAGUAACAUUAGAAGCUGCUGAAGCAAUCUUAAAAUGCAAAGUAGGAAUAAAGUGUGCCACUAUAACUCCUGAUGAAGCUCGUGUAAAAGAAUUUAAAUUAAAAAAGAUGUGGAAAUCUCCAAACGGAACUAUUAGAAACCAUAUUGGAGGAACAGUAUUUAGAGAACCGAUUUUAUGUAAGAAUGUUCCCAAAUUAAUUCCUUAAUGGAAGAAACCAAUUAUUAUAGGGAGACAUGCUUUCGGUGAUUAAUAUAGAGCAACAGAUUUUGUUGUAAAUUAACCCGGAAAAUUUGAAAUUGUAUUUACCCCAAAAGAUGGUAGCGCUCCUAAAACAAUGUAAGUUUAUGAAUAUUAAGGAGGUGGUGUAGGAAUGGGAAUGUAUAACACAGACGCAUCUAUAAGAGAGUUUGCUUAUUCCUGUUUUAAAUAUGCUUUAUAAAGACAUGUACCUUUAUAUUUAUCUACAAAAAAUACAAUCCUUAAAGCUUAUGAUGGAAGAUUUAAAGACAUUUUUGAAGAAAUAUACACAAAAGAGUUCAAAGCUUAAUUCGAAAAUGCAGGAAUUUGGUAUGAACAUAGGCUUAUUGAUGAUAUGGUCGCUUAUAUGAUUAAAUCAGAUGGAGGAUUCAUGUGGGCUUGUAAAAACUAUGACGGAGAUGUAUAAUCAGAUUGCUUAGCUUAAGGUUAUGGAAGUUUGGGACUUAUGACUAGUGUUUUGGUUGCUGAAAAUGAUGUCAUUGAAUCAGAAGCUGCUCAUGGAACUGUUACUAGACAUUAUAGAUAACAUUAAAAAGGAUAAGAAACUUCAACUAAUUCUGUUGCAUCCAUUUUUGCUUGGUCUUAAGGGUUAGCCCAUAGAGCUAAACUUGAUGGAAAUAAAGAAUUAGAUGUUUUCUGUAAAACUUUAGAAAAAUCUGUUAUUGAAUGCAUUGAAGCUGGAUUUAUGACUAAAGAUUUGGCAAUUUGUAUCUAAGGAUCAAAUGAUGUUGAUAGAUCAAAAUAUCUUAACACUUAAUAGUUUAUUGAUAAAGUUGCGGAAUUAUUAAGAAAUAAUUUAAAUAAAGUUGCUCAUCUAUGAUUUAAAAAAUUAUCAAUUAAAAUUUAAUUUUAAAUUAAAAAUAUUUAUUAUUUUUAUUUUUAUUUAAUUAAAUAUUUUUUUUAUUUUUUUGUUAUAUUUAUUAUAUAAAAUAUUUAAAUGAAAAUUUAUUAUUUAAUUUG